UUUAGGAGAGCCGCAUAGCCUGACAGUGACAAGAUUUUAACCACACAUCCAACUGGAAAUGCUGGCGUUGUCUCUUCCGAAAUGGACGGAGCUAACAUAAAGCACUGCCACUGAAGAUGGGUUACUGACUGACAAGUCAGAUCGAUUAAGCUCAUCAACCCCAUCGCUCGUGACGUGAUCUGACCAAAGGCAGAGCAUGCCACUCUCCGCGCGCGCGCCGCUCUACCUUUGCUGCCCCAUACGGAAAGCACUCAGCGCGCACAUCCUACGGCAAGAGGAAAGAAAUACAUGCUGGGUUAAACGAAGUGAGUCAGUCGUCACAGUUGCCCAGGCAGUGAGUCAUAAAACUUCGCAUCCUGUGAGACGAAUUCCAGAGGACUGAAAGUGGCGAACUGUGAAGCCCAAGUUUCUGACAACGUUUCUGGAUGAUCAUGUUCAACACACUCUUGACACCUUCACGCGAAGCAUGCUGUGGAAUGCACAUAAUGUGAAUAACUUCUGAAAAGGGGCAAAAUGGUCUUUUCAAAGAUUACGUUACCAUGCACCCUGACCAUUCUGUGGGCACUGUACUUGGACGCCCAAUACUACUGCGAUGAACCAAGUGAUAGUGGCGAGUUCAACUCCACAGUGACCUAUGACCUCCCACACUUCCAGUCUGAUGCCAAUAUACAGGACAUCAUCGUCUUUCAUGAAAGGGUCUAUGUCUCCGCUGCUGAUACACUUUUCUCUUUGUCUCAGGACCUUAAUAAGACGUCGGAGUACAAAGUAGGACAAGAGCCAAUCUGCGCCUCGUGCCCAGGCUACAAACCCAAAACCACCAGUGGCAAAGAGGACAAAAGCUCGGCCCUGGUGAUUGAGACCUACUAUGACGACGAGCUUUUUAUCUGCCCCUCAGCCGGCCGAGGGCUCUGCCAGAGCCACGACGUGGCGGAGGGGGCACUGGGUGAGCAGGUCAGGUGGAUGCAUUCACCCAGCGGUGACUGGGGUCGCCAUGGGUGCCCCGACUGUGUGGCGGGCCCCGCGGGCACCCAGCUGCUCAGCAACGAGACUGGCGGCGUGGUCAGAUUCUUUGUGGGCAACUCAGAGCGUGGCGGCGGUGGUGUUGGUGGUGUUGGCAGUGGUGUCAGUCUGGCUCCAGCUUCUGUGCUGACCCCCCACACGCCCCCCUCCAGCAGCCACUCUCCACCAACCCCGCUCUACCACACAAUCUCGGUGCGACAGAUGAAGGAGACGCAAGAUGGCUUCCGCUUCUUCUCCGAGCAGUCCUACAUGGACUUGAUGCCGGGCCUGCGUGACAGCGGCUACCAUCUGCAUUACGUCUAUGCCUUCCAGAGUGGUCCCCACGCCUACUUCCUCACCGUGCAGAAAAAGAGCAAGGACUCGGACACCUAUCACACGCGCAUUGCCCGCAUGUGCCUGUCAGACUCGGAGCUGCGGAGGUACGUCGAGAUCCCCUUCAACUGCAUCCUCCCCGAAAAGCGACGGAGGAGGAGCUCGGGCAGCACAGAGUUCAACGUCCUGCAGGCGGCCUACGUCUCCAAGGCAGGCCGCAACCUCCAGCCCAACAUCAAGGAAGGCGAGGACGUGCUCUACGCCGCUUUUGCCCGGAGCAAACCAAACUCGCCCGAGCCCACCAACAGCUCUGCCAUCUGUGUCAUUGGCCUGAGCACCAUUAACGUCUUUUUCAGGGAUUACAUCCAGAACAAGCGCUACACCAGGCAGCUCUAUCACUUCACCGGCUCUGACCAAGAGCAGUAUUACAAUGCGACUUCCUCUGGUGACUCUGAGUCAUGUGACCACGGAGGAGCCUAUCGGCUGGAGAUAACGGUGCCCAUCGAUCGGCUGGAUUACUUCAACGGCCAGUUCAACAAUGUCCUCAUCACCUCCAUCGCUGUGUACCCACUGCAGGACCUCACCGUGGCCAGCCUGGGCACCAGUGACGGCAGAGUCAUUCAGAUAGUGGUCUCCAGGUCCAGCACUCCACAUGCUGAGUUCCGCGUAGGCAGCCAUGCUGUGUCUCCAAGAGUGGCCCUCCUGUCUCCAAACCAGCUAGAUGGCUCCUUAUUGCUAAUCACUGGAAACAAAAUCACUAAGGUGCCUCUCAUCGGGCCGGGAUGUGAGCAGAUGAGGUCGUGCAGUGCCUGCCUGACCACCUACCCUUUCAUGGGCUGUGGCUGGUGUCAGGACCGCUGCACUCGAUCCUCCCAGUGUGCCAAGCCUCUCUGGGUGCAGGACUCCUGCCCUCCUGUCAUUUACACGAUCGCCCCGUCUACUAUACCAGUUAGUGGAAAUACAAAGUUGACCAUCUGCGGGAAGAACUUUGGUUUCAGCAAGCGUGACCGCUAUGACCCCAAGCUGAUUCACAUUACGGUCGCCGGGGCAACAUGCAAGCUGAUUGAUGGAAACGGCCACAGGUUGAUUUGUGGUCUGGAUCGUGUGAAUGCAAACCAUUCAAAUCACAUUGUGCAAGUACAGAGUGGCAAAGAGACCGCGGUCAAAUUGGGACUGUCAUUCGUGACCCCUGUUAUCCACAAGAUCUUCCCGGCGUUUGGCCCCAAGUCAGGUGGCACACUGCUCACCAUCCAUGGCACAUUCUUCGACUGUGGAACAGAGAGACAGAUCAGCGUCGGGAACACAACCUGUGACAUCCAGAGUGUGUCCGGGGGCCUCAUCACUUGCAGGACUGCACCUCAGGCUCUGCCCUCCUCCCAUCCCGUCACUCUCACCAUCGAUGGGGUGGUACUCAAGGCACCCGAGAGCUUCAGAUACAACGAAGACCCUUUCAUCACAGGCAUCCAGCCAAAGAGCUCGUUUUUCAGUGGAGGCAGUACAGUGUUUGUGCAUGGAGUCUACCUGACCUCUGCACAUCAUCCCCAGAUGCUGCUCACGCAUGAGGGAAAGGUCAUUCAAGUGGUGUGCAACCAGGGGAAGAACGGUGUCUAUAUCCAAUGCACUACGCCUUCUCUGAAGGAGCUCAACGUCCGCACGCCAGUCAUCACCCAAGUGUCCUUCAUGCUCGACGGAUACUCUACCCGCCAGUUUGAACUCCUGUACGUGGACGACCCCAACUUUGCAGCGUUCCAGCAGCCCACCAUUGCCAUUAAAGGAAACAAGAAUAUCCUGGAGAUUAAGGUGCCUCAGAUGGACAACGAGGCGGUGAAGGGCGGCGUGCUGAUCGUGUCCAACAGGACCUGUGAGUCUGUGGCUCUGGCUGGAGACACUCUGGAGUGUGUGGUGCCCGCUGACCUCCAGGCCGCCAGUGAGGAACUGGAAGUCAAGUGGCGUCAGGCGAACUCGUCGGUGAGCCUGGGUCAUGUGAUGCUGGCCCACGAGCAGGACUACAGCAGCCUGGUGACGGGCGUGGUCUGCCUCUCCCUCUUCCUGCUGCUGCUCAUCGGCCUCUUCCUCUGGGUGCGGAGGAGGAAGCACAUCGAAGAUGUAAGCAAGGCUUUGGUUUGGUACGAUGGCCGGGCGCAUAUUCCUCAUUUGGACAUGUUAGCCAAUGCCAGGAGUGUCAGCCCUUCUAAUGAAAUGGUGUCCCACGAAUCUGUGGACUAUAGAACCACUUUGCUUGAGGACCAGAGCGUGUCCAUGGCCCAGGCGUCUGAGUCGUGCCGCCCGCCCCCUUACUCCCCCAUGCAUAUGCACGUGGACCUGUCGCCCAUGCUGGCGGGGGAGGAGGGGGAUCUGUUGUCCUCCCCGCUGCUGUCGGCCAGCAGCGCCCCCCCUGUGGACCUGGCCUCCCUCGACCCGGAGCUCCUGCAGGAGGUGCAGCAUGUGGUCAUCGCCCGCGACGACCUGCUGCUACACCUCCACCAGAUCAUCGGCAGAGGUCACUUUGGAUGUGUUUUCCACGGGACCCUGCUUGACCCAGAUGGACAGAAGCAGCACUGUGCGGUCAAGUCUCUGAAUCGCAUCACAGACAUUGAGGAGGUGACCCAGUUCCUGAGGGAAGGCAUCAUCAUGAAGGACUUCAGCCACGCCAACGUACUGUCUCUGCUGGGCAUCUGCUUGCCGAGCGAGGGCUCCCCGCUGGUGGUCCUGCCCUACAUGAAGCACGGAGACCUCCGCAACUUCAUCAGGGACGAGGCGCACAACCCUACGGUGAAAGACCUGAUGGGAUUUGGGUUACAAGUUGCGAAAGGCAUGGAAUACCUUGCUAGCAAGAAGUUUGUCCACAGAGACCUAGCAGCGAGAAACUGCAUGUUGGACGAAAGCUACACGGUGAAGGUGGCAGACUUUGGCCUAGCGCGAGAUGUGUACGACAAAGAGUACUACAGCGUGCACAACAAGGGUGGCGUCAAGCUUCCUGUCAAAUGGAUGGCUCUGGAGAGCCUACAGACCCACAAGUUUACCUCAAAGUCAGAUGUGUGGUCAUUUGGUGUGUUGCUAUGGGAGCUGAUGACCCGGGGAGCUCCGCCCUACUCCGACGUCAACUCUUUCGACAUCACGGUCUUCCUCCUGCAGGGCCGCCGCCUGCUGCAGCCAGAGUUCUGCCCAGACGCGCUAUACAACGUCAUGGUCGAGUGCUGGCACCCCAAGCCAGAGAGGCGGCCGACGUUUUCGGAGUUGGUGCCGCGGAUAUCCUCCAUCUUCUCCAGCUUCAGCGGGGAACACUACGUCCUGCUCAACACGACCUAUGUCAACAUCGACAAGGUCACGCCGUACCCCUCCCUCAUCUCCUCACAAGUCAACCUGGACAGAGACUGCUGCACUUGACAGGGGACAUGGAAAAGAACAUUGAAAGUGCACUGAAAGAACAUUGACAACAUUGUGAUGUUGUUGAGGACCUCUGGAGCUUUUGUGGAGGGGACAGACAGACAGACAUGCCACUUUAUAUCUGCUCUACCGUCUGUAUAUAGAGUAUGUACACUUGACUCUUUUGUUUUUGGAACCGUAACCUUGUUGACAAGGAGGGCAAUCGUGAAGGUGGAGGAAGUUUUGUAGGUGGGCGAGAGGAGCAGAGAACAGACUACUGCCAUGUGCAUUCCUAACCCGGCUAGCCUACUUGAACCUGCUUCAGUGAUAAUGUUUGAUCAACAGCAGUCGACACCAAACACCAAAGCGUCUCAGCAUCUUCCUGUUUUGUUUUGUUUUGUUUUUUUCAUGAAGAAAUGUGUUGUAGCAGCAGUGCUGUCAGUUAAGAAAUGUUGACGUAGCUUUGCUGGGUGGUGUGGAAGCAGCAAAUGUUAACAUACACUACCCCCAUAAUUGCUGAAUGGAGAAAUGUACAUUGUGAGACUUGAGAUGGAGGAGCCGGAGCCGGUGGAUGUGUAGGGCUUCCUCUGUGUGCAGAUGACAGGCAUUUGAUCUUAUUGAUCAGUAGCAGUGCUCAUCGUGUUACCAGUGGUGGUGGUACACAAGCAUGCUGCGCUGUAUCAGACAUACGUACACUAAAAUGAAUGAAUCAUAACAUGACAGCAUUGUACAGUACAUCACAUUGUCUUGCCUGUAAGUUCCAGAGAUGUGCCAUUUCACACAUUAGUAUUUUCAAAGCAACACCACAUAUUUCAGUUUUCAACCUUAAAAUAAUGUUUCCGAAAUCAUUGUAGUGGCUCAUGAACUUGGGUCAGGGAGAAAGGCAGCACUGUGGUGGGCAGUAAUUGCACUGAAGACUUUUGGAGGAGCAAAGCAUCUCUAUAGUUACUAUAUGAGAGACAGUUCCACUUCUAACCUGAAGAUUAAAAAAAAAAAAAAAAAAAAAAA